AUGGGAGCAUUGUUUUGGCUAUGUGUGAUUCUUCUUUCUGGUUGGAACAUGACAUCAAUUUUUAUUUUAACAAUCAACCGAUACAAUACCGAUUCGACCAGUAUCGGAGUAACAACUACUUACAUUCGCUGGACAAAUACAUUUCCAGCGGUUAGUAUUUGCUUAUCAAAGAAUCGAAUAACAUCCGAGUUUUCGAAUGCUGUCAAAAGGAGAGUCGCUGGCGAUGCACCUCCCUCUUAUAUAUAUAUAAGAACCAUUUUCGAUUACCUCUUUGUGAAUCCAAAUAAUUUUUAUAUAAAAGGGGAGUAUUGCAAAGAUCUGAAUUCAACCUGCGGAGUUGAUAUUUUGGAUAUGAGAAAAGAGUUACUGGCUCGCUCUUGCAAUCAAUUUGUGGAAAAAAUAUACUUUUCUGAAAAACUAAUGGCAAAUUGCGAAGAUAUAUUUAAAUUUCAUGAACUUGAAAUGGGAUAUUGCUUUCUUGCUAACAAUUUAUUGGAUUACAAAACUAUUGAUUUAAUGCCAUUGAAAUAUUCGCCCUCGGAUAAAUACAGAAAUCUAAAACUAAUAUUACGCAGUGGACUUACUUAUCGAUAUGACCUCUAUAUUCACAGCCCAGAGGAUGUUCCGUAUUUUAAUGCUGUAUCGUACACGAUUGCAUCCGAUCCUUCAGUUCACAGUUUUAAUGUCGAAGAGAUCUAUAACAAUGACGAUGUAAUUUACGAAAACGUUAAUCAACGAAUGUGCAAAUUUCCCACAGAAAGUAAUGAUAAACAUAUUUUUUAUAGUUUUUCAAAUUGCAUGUCUCAAAUCAGAAAUGAAAUGGAGGUGAAGCUAUGCAAUUGCACGUUGUUUGCCAAUUCUAAAGAAGAUUCAUCGAAAUAUUGCGGUAUUAAAGGAUUAUCCUGCUUGGAUGAAGCAAAUCUUUCUGGUAAAGUAAAAGACUUUGUUGGAACAACUUUGGCUUGUUUGCCAUCUUGUGUGGAGCAACAGAUAAAUUAUGUUGGUUCACGUGAAACCAAAUCCGAAGAAUAUCCUGAUGCAAAUUACGUCGAAAUCGAAAUCGCUAGUGCGCCAUCAGCUCGAUAUUAUCGUACAGUAACUCAAACAAAGUUGGAUUUAGUAGUUGCAAUCGGAGGAGUAAUUGGUUUGUUUAUCGGAGCAUCCUUGCUAAACAUUUUGGAAGUUAUAUCUUUGUUAUCAAAACAAAUUAAGGAUUUACUUGUACACAACUGUUUGUAA